AUGAAGAAGAACAAAUACAAUAAGAAACCAACAUCUUUGCAUUGCAAUGAUGCAGGAGGUUGCAGAUACUCACUGCUUACUAUUGUAUGGACCGUUGUGGGAUUCUUCCUGUUGGCUCAUCUUAUCUCGCUCUAUAGCAGUAAAGAUAACAUUGAUCACCAAGUUCCUCCUGAUGAGUUACUACAAGUACAUCACCAUCAUCAUCAUCCUGUUGUUCAGGAACUUGUAAGAGUUGAAGAAGAGAUGCUGAGGAUGCCGCCACCUAGGAAGCGUUCUCCUCGUACGAGUAAACGGAAGUCGAGGAAACCGAUCCCUCUGGUUGAAGAGUUUCUUGAUGACAAGUCACCGAUUCGGCAUCUCUUCUUUCCUGACAUGAAAACAGCUGCUUUUGGUCCCACCAAGGAUAUGGGAAACGAUACGUUUCAUUACUUCCCUGGGAAAAUUUGGACGGACACAGAAGGAAAUCCAAUUCAAGCCCAUGGUGGAGGGAUUCUGCACGACGAGAAAUCUAACACAUACUAUUGGUAUGGAGAAUAUAAAGAUGGACCAACGUAUCAUGCUCACAAGAAAGGACCAGCCAGAGUUGAUAUUAUAGGUGUAGGUUGUUACUCUUCAAAAGACUUAUGGACAUGGAAAAAUGAAGGCAUUGUACUCGGAGCUGAAGAAACAAACAAGACCCAUGAUUUGCAUAAAUCCAAUGUUCUCGAGCGACCAAAAGUGAUCUACAAUGAAAAGACAGAAAAAUACGUGAUGUGGAUGCAUAUCGACGAUGCAAACUACACUAAAGCUUCGGUUGGUGUAGCCACUAGCGAUAACCCGACAGGUCCGUUCGAGUAUCUAUACAGCAAACGUCCACACGGGUUCGAUAGUCGAGACAUGACUGUCUUCAAAGACGACGACGGUGUUGCUUACCUGAUUUAUUCCUCCGAAGUCAACAGCGUGCUUCAUAUCGGACCCUUAACCGAAGAUUACCUCGACGUGACCCCGGUUAUGAAGAGAGUAAUGGUCGGACAGCACAGAGAAGCUCCAGCUAUCUUCAAGCAUGACAACACUUAUUACAUGGUCACUUCUUGGUGCACUGGUUGGGCACCAAAUGAAGCCAUGGCUCAUGCGGCUGAAUCUGUAAUGGGUCCAUGGGAGAAGUUGGGGAAUCCGUGUAUCGGCGGCAACAAAGUUUUCCGGUUAACAACAUUCUUUGCGCAGAGCACGUAUGUGAUCCCUUUACCGGGAGUUCCCGGUGCGUUUAUAUUCAUGGCGGAUAGAUGGAACCCGGCUGAUUUGAGGGAUUCGAGAUACGUGUGGUUACCGUUGGUUAUAGGAGGACCCGCUGAUCAGCCUUUGGAGUCCGGUUUCGGUUUCCCAAUGUGGUCGAGGGUUUCUAUAUACUGGCACAGUAAAUGGCAUCUACCUUAA